CUCCAUCCCUUUCGUUCUUCCGCCAACCUUAGAAUUCUGAUUUGAUCUGGAGACUGGAGUUACAAUGAAAGCUAUUUAUGAGGUUAUGAUAGGUCCCCUGAUUCCUCCUUCCUCCGGCAUCCAGCUCGAUCUCCGGUCCCUGCUUCAAUUUCCUUCCCACCUUCAAAAUUUUCGAAGCAAUCGGGAAUGGAGUUCGGAACUUGCCUUAAAUCUACCAUCAACCAAACCUCGUUUUUCCUCUGCCGACCGAUUACUCGGCAGAACACUCGCUACCACCGUCCGUGUUUAUCUCGUACUGCUCCUGCUUCUAUGCGCUGCAGGGCAACUGCUGAAGUGCAUAGGAAUAGGAAGAACAGCUCAUUUGGAACCCUCGAAAAGGUCAAAACAACGUCUGCCAAUAGCUCUUGUGAUUUGGUACUAUCAAGUUUAACAGCUGCAUGCUUGUUGGAUGGCUGCUAUUGGGAUAAAAUUAAGGCCCUGGCUCCGUUCAUGAGCGAGUUUGGGCUCAUUCGCUUUCGAGUUUUAGUUGAGAUUGAGUGGUUGUUAAAGCUUUCAGAAGUUCCAGAAAUCCCCGAAGUUCCUGAUCUCUCUCCGGGAGCGAAGUCGUUCUUACAUGGCUUGAUUGAUGGAUUUAGCUUGGAUGAUGCCAUGGAAGUGAAGGAAAUUGAGAGAGUGACUAAUCAUGAUGUUAAAGCAGUGGAGUACUUCCUGAAACAAAGAUGCCAAUCGCAUGAAGAAAUUUCAAAGGUGCUUGAGUUUUUUCAUUUUGCAUGCACUUCUGAGGACAUCAACAACCUAGCACAUGCAUUAACACUAAAAGAAGCUAUUAGCAGUGUUAUAUUGCCAGUCAUGGAUGAGCUGAUUUCAACAAUCACUAACAUUGCCACAAAGACUGCUCAUGUCCCAAUGCUUUCCCGCAACCAUGGGCAGCCAGCUACACCUACAAUGCUAGGCAAGGAAAUGGCCAAUUUUUCAUGUCGGUUAUAUAAAACAAGGCAGGAGAUUUCACAAAUUGAGAUGAGAGGGAAGUUUGCAGGUGCAGUUGGAAACUAUAACGCACAUCUAGUUGCAUACCCUGAUGUAAACUGGCCACAAGUGGCAGAAGACUUUGUAACAUCUCUUGGCUUAAGCUUCAAUCCGUAUGUCUCUCAGGUGCAGUUGGAAACUAUAACGCACAUCUAGUUGCAUACCCUGAUGUAAACUGGCCACAAGUGGCAGAAGACUUUGUAACAUCUCUUGGCUUAAGCUUCAAUCCGUAUGUCUCUCAGAUUGAACCCCAUGACUAUAUGGCCGAACUGUUUGAUUCAAUUAUCGGAUUCAACAACAUUUUAAUUGAUUUUAAUCAAGCCAUGUGGGGAUACAUUUCCUUGCCUUACUUCAAACAGCUUUGUCAGCCAUUCAAUUUGAUGAUGUAGUACUACUUCCUCUGCCCCGUUUUAAACUAUACAGUUUUUUUUCAUUGAAGAAACCAACUUUUCUCCACAGACCCCACUUCUGCGAAAAGCUGGGUUUUGU